UUUUUUUUUUUUUUUUUGGUUCCUGCCCAAUAUUUUUUUUUAAUUUAGUUGGGUUGGAUGUUCCAUGGAUGUGGCUAUGCAGGACUGAAAACCAAUGGAUACAAUAUCGGUGAAAAGCUUACUUGAGCGACGUAAAAGUUGCACGUCCACCACGGCUCAAGUGGAACUCAUGGGGAUUCUACGCGUCAUUUCCGGCGAUUUAGCGGACCAUUUGCCACGCGGCGUGAUUGUCAUGAGCGAUCUCAAUACCGACGAUACCAUUCUUUGCCAAGUCGAUCGUUUCCAUCAUUCCUUGGACGGAUCCGCUCUGUGUUUACGUCGGUGGAAUUUCAUCUAUAGCGACGACAAUGGCGUGGUGAUGCUGGAAUUCCAGCUAAGCGAUGCUUACCGUGUGACCUCGGCCACCCCUGUCGUGGGGGAACUCAUUCGAGCGGACGAGGUGGCGGUGCAAUUUAUCCGUAUUCAACAACUCACUGUACAUACCCCCCAUCAGCUUCAGCACUGUCGUUUACAUAGUCAUGUACAUGUUAUGGGCCGCAUCUUUGCCCAAUCUGUUAUAUAUACCAGCGCGGGACAGCCGGCUGUCUUUUUUAUCGAAAUGAGUGAUGACUCGUUAUUCUCCUGUAUGAUUGUUUUUGAAGGCGAUGAUCUUUUAAAGUAUUACUAUGAUUUUCAAAUUGGCACAUUGUGUUGUUUCAUGAACCUUACCGCCGUCACCGUCUCGGGUCGUCAGCCUACCGAGCGAGGUGCCUUUCGAUUUAAAUCCAUGCGAUCCACCUACCAUCGUAUCACCCAGUCCCAUUACGAUAUGCUGUAUUCCGACCUUGCCGCUUCAUCGCAGAUCGCUUCCACCGAAACAUCCCAUUAUUCGCCGGUCAUACAACGAUCCGUCAUGUCGACCACCAUUCCCCUUUUCAAGGGUACCGUUACCCGAGUGAUUGACCAUCUUUUCGGCAUGUACGAACUCGAUCACCAAUGGAUUCUGUGUCUAUUCCAUCACAUUGGUUAUUCGUCGAUGCGGCCUUACCGUCCUCAAACCAAGUUACGCAUCCACCACGCUCACAUGGUAGCAUUGGAAUCUGAUAUCGGCCAGUCUGUCCUGCUGAAUGAAACCUGGCGUCUUCCACCUUAUGUCAACAACGGCAAACCCUACCGAUUGGCGCUUGUCACUUGCAUGCGCAGCCAUAUUGAAAUCGAGCAAUUUCCUGAUCACUGUGACUGGGUGAAUGAGCACUCUUUGUUGCCUGCGAUAGAAUACGUCAACAAGGGAGACGACGGCAACCUGGAACUCACGGCCGGUGUUUACGUUCAUUGCCUGGAGCAGCGGUUCAACUUUUCUCAGAUGAUGCGACAAUUGGAAGUGUACGCUGCGCUGAUUUACAAGUUUAGACAACAAUUUGAGCAGGCGGAGGUCAGUUUGCUCCUAAAGACAGGCAACGACUUGGCUCAUCAAGUGUUCAAGCGUACGGGAACAAGAACGGCCGGUUUGUUUGGGAGUCUGUUGGGCGAUUUUCUGCAGCAUGGUUAUACGUGUCCUGCGGUGGCGACUUCGGCUAGUACGCACGAGACCCAUCGUAUCUCCCUGGAUGGGUACCCAACCAUGGCUCAACUGGUGAAUCUGCAGCUUGCAAAGGCACCUUCCCGCGACACGUUUUCUUCCUCGGCUGCGACGACCAAAACAAUGACCGUCCCAUUUCUAGAAUCGCACUACAGCUUGGGCGACAAAUCCAAACAUCAGCAUUACGGGAUAUUGGGCGUUAUUACGAGCUUGGCCGACGGACGUCUAUACGUUUCGGACAAUUCUCAUGCAUGGCCACUUGUGGUGCAACUAGAAAAGGGCGACGACGGACCCAUUGUGGGUGAUCUCUACCUCCUCCAGCAAUACCGCAUGAUCUGCGAAGACUUGUCCUAUGUCGCAGAAGAAGGCGACAAAAUCUUGCUGGAUCACACUUACAUUAUCUGUUCUUCGAAACAUCUGACCCACGUGGCUGCCUUGCGACCAAACGUACCAUUGUUUUUCCUGGAAACCAUCGAGUUGACCGAUCAACUGAGUCAUUUUACUGCGGUCACGUUGUCCAAUACGAUGGAGGACCUGUGGUUGUUCUUGGCGACAGGCAUGUACGCGACUGAAACACAGAGUGACGAUCGUGGCAUGGUCUACCUCGAGAAGCGGGUUCAGGCAAUGCGAUACGGUGUAACGGAACGGUGCGAUCCUGCCGAGGUGACGCUGGUGUUUCGAUCACGGAGUGGCAGUCUACAGUAUGUGAGCAACUUGCAAGUGGGAUCAUGGUUCGUUUUAUCCGGUCUUGCCAAUACCGAUACUUUUCGCAUUGAACCUAGCACCUACCGCAAGGCGAAACAAGCUUUGGAAACCCAGCCCAGCAUUUACUUUAUCGACGCCAACCAUCACACAUUUUACCAAGUCAUUCAUCGUCGGGAGAGUUACACCAUUCCGUUAAUACCUCAAUACCGUGCUGAUACAACCAACAAUCCACUGCGUCAUUCAUCCGUAAUCUAUGACGUGAACGACCUCCUGGCCGCCAAUAAACCCGAGGUGUCCAAUGGACCCAAGAUCAGUCUCAUUGAAGUCAAAGGGGGUCUUUACGAAGAACUUGCCAACAUUCAAGGAGUAAUUGUCAACAAGGAGUUCCGAGAAGGACGCACGGUGGAUGAAGUGGUGGAUCAACAUGCCGUAGCAUUGUUUCGAUCUAUCGGUGUCGGCACAGGAAAACCGGGCCGCAUUCUUUUUCUACGUCUUCGUCAAACCGAUGGGCUCAAUAUGUUUGACAUUUAUAUGGAUGUGUCGACGCGGACCUACCCAUCUGGGUUGCUGCCGGGAGCCACCGUCAUUUUCCGCAAUUUGCUUCGCAAAAAGGCCAACAACAUCAUUGGCUGUUACUGUAUUGCCAACAACCUCACAACCGUCACCCUGGGCGCUCCGUCGGAUCGGGCUAAGGGUGUGAUUGCGACAGAUCUUUUGGAACGACGGCAUCUCUGCUCAUUUAUAGAAUCGGAAGAGGAAAAAUCGGCGGACGAAGCCAUCAUUUAUAAAGUGACUAGUUCAGUCAAAUCCAUCCUUACUCUGACGCUUUGUUGGCAGUGUUUGGAUUGCGGAAACACGAUCAGUCGUAAUACCUGCUACGGAGAAUGUCGAAACGCGCGACGUGUGUUUGUUGCCGAUGCGAUUGUACUGGUGACGGACGGCACGGCCGAUGGACUUGCAUUUAUCGACGGAGAAAAACUCGUCCUCAAGUUGCUGAUGCUGACGGAGCAGCAAAUGGAUGAUUUAAAGACGGCGAUAUUGCAGCACGGCAUGGCGCAUUUCGGCGCAUGGACCAACAACAGUGGCGGAGUGGACUCAUGGGAGGAAAUUCUUCCGGGGAUAACCCUGGCUAGCUUGGGUGCACAUGUGCAGAAUAACGGACGAUACCAAUUGUUUGUUCGUCGAAUAGAGAAAAAGUCGACUUUCAGAGCGGACGACGAUGACGAUUGCUUCAGCAAACUGCGGCUUCGAAAGAUGCAAUGGAGAGAAGCCGGCCAACCCAUUGAUACCCUCAUCCAUGACCGAAUACGCGUCAAAGUCAUUGAUAUGGAUGUUACUGAACCUUCCAUUGACGCUUGGACACUCGUCGAUCAGUUACAAGCCUUCAUACGUUGAAAAACGAAUAAACUAACCUAUUUCUCAUGGGCUAGGGCCCAUCACUUGUUUGUUAUUAAAUAAGCGCAACGUUUUCUAAAUGUAUUAAACCACUUGUCGUGCGAAC